CGCCCCUCCUCCUGGUCACGCCCACAACCCGGCGGGUGGGGCCCUUGGUUCCCAGCUCGAGGAGUCUUCUCGGGAGUACGCAGCUUGGCGUCUGAGCGGCACGAGCAAGAGUUAGCAUGGCAGCGGUGCUCAGGAGAAGCUGCGGGGUCCUAAGAAGUAUUUCUCAUUUUGAGUGGAGAUCACAACAUACAGAAGCUGCUCACCAACGUGAACCAGGAUUAGGAUUUAGUUUUGAGUUAACCAAACAGCAGAAAGAAUUUCAAGCUACUGCUCGUAAAUUUGCCAGGGAAGAAGUAAUCCCAGUUGCUGCAAAAUAUGAUAAAACUGGUGAAUAUCCUGUGCCCCUAGUUAAGAGAGCCUGGGAGCUUGGUUUAAUGAAUACACACAUUCCAGAGAGUUGUGGAGGUCUUGGACUUGGAACUUUUGAUGCGUGUUUAAUUACUGAAGAAUUGGCUUAUGGAUGUACAGGGUUUCAGACUGCUGUUGAAGCAAAUUCUUUGGGGCAAAUGCCUGUUAUUAUUGCUGGAAAUGAUCAACAACAAAAGAAGUAUUUGAGAAGGAUGACUGAGGAACCAAUGAUGUGUGCCUACUGUGUAACAGAACCUGGAGCAGGCUCUGAUGUAGCUGGCAUAAAGACAAAAGCAGAAAGAAAAGGAGAUGAGUACGUUAUUAAUGGUCAGAAGAUGUGGAUAACCAAUGGAGGGAAAGCUAACUGGUACUUUUUAUUGGCACGUUCUGAUCCAGAUCCCAAAGCUCCUGCAAGUAAAGCUUUUACUGGAUUUAUUGUGGAAGCAGAUAGCCCAGGAGUGCAGAUUGGAAAAAAGGAAUUAAACAUGGGCCAGCGAUGUUCAGAUACAAGAGGAAUUGUCUUUGAAGAUGUGAAAGUGCCUAAAGAAAAUGUUUUAAUUGGUGAAGGAGCUGGUUUCAAAAUUGCAAUGGGAGCUUUUGAUAGAACUAGACCUACAGUAGCAGCUGGUGCGGUUGGAUUAGCACAAAGAGCUUUGGAUGAAGCCACCAAGCAUGCCCUGGAAAGGAAAACUUUUGGAAAGCUACUUGUAGAGCACCAAGGAAUAUCAUUUUUGCUGGCAGAAAUGGCAAUGAAAGUUGAGCUAGCCAGAUUAAGUUACCAGAGAGCAGCUUGGGAAGUUGAUGCUGGUCGCCGAAAUACCUUUUAUGCCUCUAUUGCAAAGGCAUUUGCUGGAGAUACUGCAAAUCAAUUAGCUUCUGAUGCCGUGCAGAUUUUUGGAGGCUAUGGAUUUAAUUCAGAAUAUCCAGUAGAAAAACUAAUGAGAGAUGCCAAGAUCUAUCAGAUUUAUGAAGGUACUGCACAAAUUCAAAGGCUUAUUAUAGCCCGUGAACAUAUUGGCAAGUAUAAAAGUUAAGAGAUUACCGUAGAGAUUGUAAAACAUACAGAAUUCUUGAGAAACUAGCACAUGAUUGACUACUUGUGCUUCAGAAAAGAGAAAGGGCUUUAACAUUUUUCCAAUAAAAAUAAGUAUGCUUAUAUAAAUCUAUGCAGUUGAUUGUAGUAUUUUGUACUUUUGUUUAACUUGGUGAUUUCCCUUUUUUCAAAUAGAUUUGGUUUCAUUAAAAGUAUGUAUUGUCGGGCUGGGGAUUUAGCUCAGUGGUUCCGCUGCCUGCCUUGCAAGCGUAAGGACCCAAGUUUGAUCCCUGGAACCAAAAAAAAAAAAAAAAGUAUGUAUUGUCCUUAGUACCACUAUCCUUUAAUGAUACUAACCUAGAAAAAUAAUUUUAUCAUUUAUAUCUCUUAUAAAUUAAAAGUGAAAAUACCUUAGAAUUUUGAUGUUUCCACUGACAGAAAAGUGAACUUAUCAAGAAUUCAGAGAAUAUUUCAGAAUUUACACUGAGAAAGCAUUGCAGGAUUUGGAUACUAACACAACUUGCCAAAGACUUUGUAGACUUAAUGGUAUUAUUGUAUCAAAUGAAUUUAAUUUAAAAUUUGAAAUAAAAUUUCUUUUAGUUUUACACAGUAAAAGAAUGUCUUGAAAAUCUUAACUACUGAGCCCCUAUUUUAUUUGCCUUAUUUCAGAUACUAAAUCUUGCCUUAAAUUAUUUUUAUAAGACUGUUGGUCUCUGGGUAACCUUUGGUCUGUUGUAUACAAUCUUAUGUGCAUUCAUUCUAAAAAGGAACUUAAAUAAAAUUUUCUGUCAUUGUUUAA